AUGAAUAGUGAUUAUAGAGAAGUGAAUCAAAAUGAACCUGAAGAAUAAUAAAUGUAUAUUGAAACCCCAAUUUAUAAAGAGGCAGUGAGUCAUUAUAGAACAAGUUAAUAUUAUUUUAUCUCAUUCAACACUUUAAAAAUUGGAUGUGGAUUUGCAUUAUUAUACAUGAAUCAUAAAUAAAGUUAUUUGAAUUAUUGGAUCUUAGCAAUUAUGUUCCAUGCAUUUAUUAUGAUAAUAGUUCAUAAAAUACACUUAAAAUAUUUAGCAAUGAAUAAGAGAAUAUUGGCAUUCAAAUUAGAUUAAAUUGUAGCUGCUCCAAUUAUAGAGUAAGUAAUUGAAUAAAGGAAAUUAAACAUAUUAUCACGAUAAAUAAAAUUAGAAAUAGUAAAAUAAACAAUCUUUGGAAAAUGGUGUUGUAGAUUAAUAGCAAUAAUUUACUAAAUAAUAUUUAGUUAUGGUGUAUACUUAUUUUGUAUAUAUUACAGUAUAAAAUAAGAAGAGUUAAUUUAUUAAUUUUAUUUUUUAUGCGCAAUCCUUGUUGUCUCAUUAUAUUAAUAUAUUGAUCUUUAUUUGAUACUCAUUUUGGCAAUUCUAGGAUCUCCAUUUUUAAUUAUUCUAGGUUGUUAUUACUGUGCAAAUUUGUAAUUAAAAUUAAUGAAUUUAAUAGAUGUAAUAAAGAAGAAUAAAAAAAUGAAAUCAGAACUCGUUUGUAACCUAUAAAUUACAAACCAAAUUUAAUAGAAGGGGAAUAAGAAUGUUGUAUUUGUAGAUGUCCAUAUGAAUUGAAUGAAGAAGUUGUUAUUCUUAAAUGUUCUAAAUUGCAUCAUUAUCAUGAAACUUGUAUUAUGGUAUUUGAGUUAUUUUCAAUUUCAGUCUUGGAUUAAUAUUAACAAUACAUGUCCAUUCUGUAGGAAGUCUAUAUGA